UCCGUUCCUAAGAUUACAUUGAGACAUAGAGUGGAACAGAUGCUGCGCUUUAGCUCUCCGGCCAUGGCUUCCUCGUCGUCAAUCUCACUCCGGCCGUCUUUCUUCUACUCAUCCGACUUUCUCAUUCGCCGGAGUUCCUUCAUCUUCUUUUCCGAACAAUCCCAUUGUGAAACCCUCUCUUUCUACCGUAGUAGAUUCUUCAUCUUUUCCAAGCCUUCACAUGACCCCAUCGAGUUCACUCCUGUACAGUCGCUGCACCUGGAUGAUAAAGCCUCCGUCGUAGAGCAGAAGCUACAAAGGGAUUUCUUCUUGGAGGCUAUGGCUGGCGAUGAGGGUUUCGAGAUCGAGGUCUUGAAGGUCGAGGGCAAGAUGAACAGGCGGAGGAUCCGAUCCCGGGUCCGAGUGGAUGCCGACCUCAGCACACUAUGGAAGGUUCUGACGGACUACGAUGGCCUCGCCAACUUUAUUCCAAGCUUGGCUGUGAGCCAGUUGCUGGAGAAGAGGGAGAAAUUUGCCAGGCUUUAUCAGGUUGGCGAACAGAAUCUGGCUUUGGGCUUGAAAUUUAACGCUAAAGGAAUUUUGGAGUGCUAUGAGGGAGACCUUGAAGAUAUUCCCUUUGGUCGGAGAAGGGAUAUUGAGUUUAGGAUGGUUGAGGGCGACUUUCAGACAUUUGAAGGCAAAUGGUUCAUUGAACAGAUCGAUGAUGAAUCACAUAAAGAUGGGGAGCUCUUAUCAGAGCAAGAAUAUAGGACCACACUUUCGUAUGUUGUAGAGGUAGAACCAAAGCUAUGGUUGCCUGUGCGUUUUCUUGAGGGAAGACUUUGUAGGGAGGUGAAAAUUAAUCUACUAUGCAUCCGUGAUGAAGCUCAAAGAAUCCAGAGACUUCAAAGUGAAGUUUUUACUUCCUGGGAGGCUGCUGAUGACUUGACUGAUUGAACAUAAAUGGUUGAUCAGGCACCGAUGACAAGGGACUUGUGGUGAAGUUAGCAUGAAGAAAGUGACCUUAUUGCUGUAACCCCUUCAGAGUUAUAGAGGUACUUUGUUAUAUACACUUGUUGUUUGGGUGAUUGAAUAACUUAGGCUUUGUUUGGGACAGCUUCUUUGCUGCUUUCUAAACCUAUUUUCUAGUACUAAAAUUUCUUAAAUUAAUAAUAUUUGUACUAAAAAGCUGUUUUAUAACGUAGCAAAAAAUCUGUCCCAAAUGAAGCCUGGCUUUCUUUCUGCUUCUUAAAGUAGUUUUUUAGCACAAAAAUUUUAAUUUUUAUACUAAAGAGCUACUUUAAAAGGCAGAAAGAAAGUAGUCUCAAAUGAAGCCUUAGUCUUGUUCAUUAAGUUAAUUAAACAUGGAACUAAUUGUCUUUGUUUAUUUGAAAGAAACAAAAAUGGUUGAUGUAAAUUAAAUUUACUCACAUUAAAGUGACUAAACAUUAUUUUUGAAGUGCUAUGAUGAUAUUAUAUCC